AUGUCCAAUCAAACUUCAGUGGAUGAAUUCCUUCUUCUGGAAUUUUCUAACCAGCGAGAGUUGCAGCUGCUCCAUUUUGUUAUAUUUCUACUAAUUUACUUAGAAAGCCUGAUAGGGAAUCUCCUUAUCAUUGCCACUGUCACCUUUGAUCAUCACCUUCGGUCUCCGAUGUACUUCUUUCUUGCAAACCUCUCCUUUCUUGACAUUUCCUACAUCUCAGUCACCAUCCCCAAAUCCAUGGGGAAUGCCUUGAAGAACUCUAGACGGAUCUCCUUUUCUGGCUGUGUGGCCCAAGUCUACCUGGUUAUAACUUUUGCAGAUGCAGAACUUUUCUUGCUGACAGCAAUGGCAUAUGAUCGCUACGCUGCUAUUUGCCACCCUUUGCAUUACAAGGUGAUCAUGAACUGGAGUGUAUGUGGUGAAAUGGCAGCUGGUUGCUGGAUAGCUAGCAUGCUCUAUUCUAUUGUGCACACUGCAAACACCUUCAGGUUAUCCUUCUGUCAAUCCCAUAUCAUUGGUCAGUUUUUCUGUGAUGUCCCACAGCUCCUUAAGAUCUCCUGUACUGAUACAUAUAUAAAUGACAUAUUAAUGUAUGUCCUUGGUUAUGUAUUGGCUUCUAUAUGUUUUUCUAUAAUAUUUGUUUCCUAUGUUUACAUUUUCUCAGCUGUGCUGAAGAUACCCUCUGUCCAGGGAAGAUACAAAGCUUUUUCCACCUGCCUUCCACAUAUGAUCAUUGUCUGUUUAUUUCUAGGCACUGGAGCUUUUACAUAUACCAGACCAAGGUCAACUUCCACAGUCAGUCAAGAUCUAGCAGCUGCUUUUCUCUAUUCUGUUGUUCCGCCCUUGCUAAAUCCCAUGAUUUAUAGCUUGAGGAACAAAGAAUUAAAAAAGGCCUUGAAAAAAUGCAUUAAAAAGAUACAAUUCCCUACAGUAAAAUAA